AUGAACAACAUUAUAGCCGUACUUGCUGUAGCUGGCGCUGUUGUUUACGCUCAAGAAGGCACAGAACAUCCAAGAGGUCCAGAAAGCGCAUCAAAGACCCCCGAAGGUCCGAGAAGUCCUGGAGGUAGAGAAGGGCUUCAUAAAUUUCCACUACCUCCGUACCUCCAAAAUGUAACCAAAGAAGCAAAAGAGGAGUACUUUUCCAUAAUGAGGAGCAAUAACUUGACUCUGGCUCAGCAAAAGAAUAAGAUUCAAGAAUGGGGAAAGAAAAAUAAAAUCGAGGCAAGUUUUGGUCUGAAUUUUUCUUUCGAAGAAAAUCAUUACUUUAGGAUAAAGUUGAAAGCUUCAACGCCGAUAUGGCGAAAUACAGACAAGAAGCCAAGGAGAAUGUCACUAAACUUAUUGAAAAACUGCCAGAUGCUUUAA